AUGAGGUCGUUACCAAUUAUUCUCACCAUCCUUGCUACGGCUGUUCAGUCGUUACCUACCAUCCACAACCGUCAAUUGCAACAAGACCAUAAUGGCGCUGUUGCAUCUGAAACCGAUGUGUGCAGUCAGGUUGGCAUCGAUAUUAUGAAGAAGGGCGGUAAUGCCGCCGAUGCCAUGGUUGGAACUGUGAUCUGCGUCGGAACCGUUGCCAUGUACCAUAGCGGUAUUGGUGGUGGUGGCUUCAUGCUUAUCAGAAGCCCCAAGGGAGAAUAUGAAUUCGUCGAUUUCAGAGAAAUGGCUCCAGCUGCCUCCUACGAAGAGAUGUUCGUGAACAGGACUGAAUUGAGUAUCUAUGGAGGAUUGGCCAGUGGUAUCCCCGGAGAACUUCGAGGUCUUGAGUACCUCCAUAACAAAUACGGCAAGCUUAGCUGGAAGGAAUGCCUCGAGCCCUCCAUCCGCUUCGCCAGGGACGGUUUUGUCGUCAACAAAGAUCACGUCAAAUACUUCGAACUAGUCAGGGCCUCAGCGCCUAGCUUCUUCCUCACCGAGGACCCAGCUUGGGCCAUUGACUUCGCUCCAAACGGCAGACUCGUCCAAUUGGGUGAAACCAUGUACCGCAAACGUUUUGCUGAUACCCUCGAAACCGUUGCAAAUCAAGGUGUCGACGCCUUUUACCAAGGCCCACUCGCCGAUGCCAUGAUUCGUGAGAUCCAAGCCAGGGGUGGAUCUAUGACCCACGACGACCUCCAAGCUUUCAAGUUGGCUCAUCGUAAGCCUUCGAAUAUCACAUACCGCGGUCAUAGAAUCUGGAGUACAUCCGCUCCAUCCAGUGGUGCAGUAACUCAAUCCGUUCUUAAGAUCCUCGAGGGAUACCCAGAUUUCGCCGAUCCCGCAAAACGCAAUGAAUCCACCCACUUGCUCGUUGAAGCCAUGCGUUUCGGUUACGCUCUCCGCGCCGAACUCGGUGAUCCAGACUUCGUCGAAGGUCUAGAUGCUUACCAACAAUCCAUGAUCUCCCCAGAACUUGCCGAGGAAAUCCGUUCCAAGAUCUGUUUCACCCGUACCCUCGAAGUUAAGGAAUACAACCCCAAAGGUCUUGAAUCCCUCGAUACCCCAGGAACUGCCCAGAUGUCCACAGCAGAUGCAUCAGGUCUUGCCGUCUCCCUCACAACAACCGUCAACCUCCUCUUCGGCUCUACCGUCAUGAUCCCGGAAACUGGUGUCAUCAUGAACAACGAGAUGAAUGACUUCUCCAUUCCCGGGUCUUCCAAUGCUUUCGGAUUCAUCCCCUCCCCUUCGAACUUCAUCAAGCCAUUCAAGCGUCCACUUUCCUCCAUCACCGCCUCAAUUGCUGAAAGAGCCGAUGGAACGCUUGACUUCGUCGUUGGUGCCGCCGGUGGUAGCAGAAUCAUCUCUUCUACCAUUCAGAAUAUUAUCAAUAUUGUCGAUCGCGGACUCAACAUUGAACAGACCCUCAGAGAACCAAGACUUCACGAUCAAUUGACUCCUAAUACUUGUGUUCUCGAAUGGUCUUUUGAUAACAGCACUGCUGCUUACCUCAGAGGCUUAGGACACGAGAUUUCCUAUGUCCCCGCCGCCCAGUCAGCCGCUCAAGGUCUUAGACGGUUGGAAAAUGGUACCUUUGAGGCUGCUGGUGAGCCAAGACAGAAGAACAGCGGUGGAUUUGCUUUCUAA